ACCACAGAACUUCUAUAAGUAGCCAUAUAAUUCUCCAUUACAUUCACCUAAAUCAAGACAAUCAUGGCUACUUCCAUGUCAAUGGUAAGCAAGCUUGUAGCAUCUAUUGUUUUACUGCUAUGCUGGAGCACAGCCUAUGCCCAGCUUCGCCCAAACUUUUACAGGAAGACGUGCCCGCGAGCAAUAUCGAUUGUGGAAGAAGUAAUAAAGGAAACGAUAGCCAAUGAACCACGAAUGGGUGCAUCAUUGCUUCGUCUUCACUUUCACGACUGUUUUGUUAACGGUUGUGAUGGGUCUGUACUCUUGGACGACACAACAACAUUCAAAGGAGAAAAGAGUGCAGGACCAAACUUUAAUUCAGCCAGAGGUUUUGACGUCAUUGAUAAAAUUAAGGCUCGGAUUGAGAGAGUCUGCAGCGGCGUCGUUUCCUGCGCUGAUAUUUUGGCCAUUGCCGCUCGUGCUUCUGUUGUCCGAUUGGGAGGCCCAUCAUGGGCUGUAAGGCUUGGAAGGCGAGAUUCAAGAACUGCAAGUCUAAGCGGUGCAAACAACAACCUUCCAGGCCCUGGUUCAAGCCUCAGCUCUCUAAUCUCAGCAUUUAGUGCUCAAGGACUGACUACUAAGGACAUGGUUGCACUUUCAGGUGCUCAUACGAUUGGUCAAGCACGCUGCCUUUUCUUUAGAAGUCGAAUCUACAACGAAACCAAUAUAGACAAGGCAUUCGCUGCUUCUAUGCAGGCCAAUUGUCCCUUCACCAGUGGUAGUGGUGACAACAACCUCUCACCCUUAGACCAGAUAACUCCCAACGGUUUUGACAAUGUGUACUACCAAAGUCUGACAACUAAGAAGGGACUUUUUCAUUCAGACCAGGAACUGUUUAAUGGAGGCCUAAUUACGGAUUCUCAAGUUAGAACAUAUAGUACCGAUCAAGCAGCUUUCUUCACUGAUUUUGCGGCUGCAAUGGUGAAUAUGGGAAACAUCAAACCUCUCAUAGGGAGGAAGGGACAGAUUCGGCGAAAUUGCAGGAGAAUAAACUGA